AUGCUCAAUGCCCAAAGUAGACAGAAAAGUUAUGCAGAUUUGAAAAGACAGGAGGUUGAGUUUUCCGUAGGGGACUUAGUGUUCUUGAAGGUAUCACCUAUGAAGGGGAUUAUGCGUUUCGGAAAAAGGGGAAAUUUAAGCCCAAGAUUUAUAGGUCCUUUUGAAAUACUGGACAGAGUUGGUCAGCCGGACAUGAGCUUUAUGGCACGCCCUGUGCGCGUGAUAGAAAAAGGAAUAAAGGUCUUACGAAAUAAGACUAUACCCUUAGUCAAAAUCCUGUGGAGUGAUAGUUCUGAUAGAGAAGCGACAUGGGAGUUGGAGAAGGACAUGCAGAAUUCGUACCCCGAGUUAUUCUCAAGUAAGUAA